UAACUCUACCCACAACCCCCCGCGCGCGGACACUGUGGGAGGAAGAAGCAAAUAUGGCGACCGAACGCGGGCAAAAUAUCCGAGUUUAGGAUCAACAGGCCGCCGGAAAUUCUCGAUUCUUCGCACGCCGAGUCGACCUCUACUGGCUCACAUGAGGGGCGACCGACAUCGCCUCUCUGCAAAGUGAUGGAACAGUUUGGUUCUUUUUCUUACGGAGGCGGCGUCCAGCGAGUCGGUGGGCAUUCCCAGCCUCUAAUUCCGACUGCGUCACCGUCCCUCACCACAGUCGAGGGCCUGCCAGAAGCCGAGUUCGACAGCAACUUUCUCGGUUCCGACAUUUCGACGACUUUCCAGGGCCCCGACACCGGGUCCACCAAGCCGUCCCGACCCCAGAACACCACUUCUUACGCGCUGGAAAACGGCGACAAUUCCAGGGAACAGCCGUCCUCGGCAGAGAGUGGGGACUCAAGCUCAGAUGAGAGCAACUCUGGGUCAGAGGACAGCAACGAUGAGGACCAAUCAAAAUCCGGCUCCAGCUCCAGCAGCCAAUCAGGAAGCAGCUCCGACUCUGGCAGCCAAUCAGAGUCCGAGUCCAAGUCGGGAUCCGGAUCUGGAUCGGGAUCCAGCUCCGCGAGCGAAUCCGGAAACGAGAGCGCGAAAGCGGAGGAGGAUGGGGAAGAGCAGGAGGAUGGGGAUGAGUCGAACGACCCGGCCACAGACAGCAAGGACCAAGCAGGCAAACUGCCCAAGAAGGAGAGACUGGCUGAUCUCAAACAGAUGUGGGAGGAGUACCCGGAUGUCUAUGGUGUGAGAAGAUCCAGCCGAGCCAAGAAAGAACCCAGCAGAUAUAAUGUAGGCAUGGAGGAGUCUGACGAAGAAAAUGAUGAAGAUGAUGAUGAAGAUCACCGCAAAAGAAGAAAAAACAUCUCAGCGAAAUCCAGAAGAAAACGGAAAUCAAGUGAAAACUGGGAGGCAGACAACAGUGACAGCGAUGAUGAUGAUGACAAUGACUCGGGCAGCAGUGAUGACUACACAGUGAAAAGAAGGGCCAAACCUGCAGCCAGACCAGCCACCAGGCCACAGGCCAGAGUCAGAGGUAAAGCCCCCAUCAAGGGGAAGUCAGCUGCCAACAAUCAGGGUCGGAAGCGCUCGGGAAGUCUGAGCGAGCGGGAACAGAAGAGACUGUCCAGGAGAAAAGCUGCUGCAAACGUCAGUUACAAAGAGGAGAGUCCGGAUGCGACGGACUCGGAUGACCUGAUGGAGAUCGCUACAAAAGAGGAGGAGAACGAUGAUGCUGAGGCAAUCGAGAGAGUUCUCAACCACAGGACAGGCAAGAAAGGGAGCACUGGUGCAAUAACUACGAUGUAUGCGGCGGACGCUGCGGCCGCCAACAAGCCUCCUGACCCGGAGACGGACGAGACGGAGACACAGUACCUCAUCAAGUGGAAGGACUGGUCUCACCUGCACAACACCUGGGAGAGCGAGGCGACCCUGGCCGAGCAGAAGGUCAAGGGCAUGAAGAAACUCGAGAACUACAUGAAGAAGAAGAACGACCUGCAACAGUGGAAAGACCAGGCGUCCCCAGAAGACCUGGAGUACCUUGAGUGCCAGUCAGAGAUGAACGAAGACCUCCUGAGUGCCUACCAGCAGGUUGAGAGAAUCAUAGCCCACAGGAGCAAGACCUCAGGUGGGAGAGUAUCGCGAAACGAAGAAGCUCCUGCUCAGCAGCCUGCCAAGAACUCGGCGUCAGGUUUCCCGGACUACCUGGUGAAGUGGCAGGGUCUGCCGUACUCCGAGUGCUCGUGGGAAGACGGCGAGCUCAUCUCCAUGUACUUCCCCGACGCCGUCGACGGAUACAACGCCAGGAACAAGUCCCAGAAAAUCCCCGGCAAAAUGACCGCCAAGGUUCUGAAGCAGAGGCCGAGGUUUGUAGCGCUGAAGAAGCAGCCGCUGUACCUUGGAGGCUCGGACAAGCUGGAGCUGAGAGACUACCAGCUGGACGGACUCAACUGGCUCGCUCACUCCUGGUGCAAGAACAACAGUGUAAUCCUUGCAGACGAGAUGGGCUUGGGGAAAACCAUCCAGACGAUAUCGUUCCUGUCCUACCUGUUCAACACCCACGCGUUGUACGGCCCGUUUCUGCUGGUGGUGCCCCUGUCGACCAUGGCAGCCUGGCAGCGAGAGUUUAACAACUGGGCUCCCGACAUGAACGUCAUUAUCUACCUUGGAGACGUUAUGAGCAGGAACAAGAUCAGGGAAUAUGAAUGGUGUCACCCCGGAAACAAGAAGCUCAAGUUCAACUGUUUGCUGACCACAUACGAGAUCCUUCUCAAGGAUAAGUCAUUCCUGGGUGGAGUAGAGUGGGCCUGUCUAGUUGUGGAUGAGGCCCACAGACUGAAAAACGACGACUCUCUCCUGUACAAAACCCUGAAGGGCUUCGACUCCAACCACAGACUGCUGAUCACGGGCACGCCGCUACAGAACUCUCUCAAGGAGCUGUGGGCUCUGCUCUUCUUCAUCAUGCCUGCCAGGUUCCUGAAGUGGGAAGAGUUUGAGGAUGAGCAUCAGAACGCCGACAAGAACGGUUACGCUGGCCUGCACAAGGAGCUGGAGCCCUUCCUCCUCAGGAGGGUCAAGAAAGACGUGGAGAAGUCGCUCCCCGCCAAGGUGGAGCAAAUCCUCAGGGUCGAGAUGUCGGCUAUACAGAAACAGUUUUACAGGUGGAUUCUGACGAAGAACUACAAGGCCCUGACGAAGGGGAUGAAGGGGAACACCAGCAGUUUCCUGAACAUCAUGAUGGAGCUGAAGAAGUGCUGUAACCACUCCUUCCUGGUCAGACCCCCGGAGGACCCCCCGCCUGGACAGAGCCUCGUCACGCAACUCCUGAGGAGCAGUGGAAAGUUAUUCCUGUUGGACAAGCUGCUGGUUCGGCUGAGAGACACCGGACACCGCGUCCUGAUCUUCUCCCAGAUGGUCCGCAUGCUGGACAUCCUGGCAGAGUACCUCACCAUGAGACACUUCCCAUUCCAGAGACUGGACGGUUCCAUCAAGGGUGAGAUUAGAAGACAAGCGUUGGACCACUUCAACGCUGAGGGAUCUCAGGACUUCUGUUUCCUGCUGUCUACGCGAGCGGGGGGGCUGGGGAUCAACCUGGCCACGGCCGACACCGUCAUCAUCUUCGACUCCGACUGGAACCCGCAGAACGACAUCCAGGCACAGUCCAGGGCACACAGGAUAGGCCAGCGGAAACAGGUGAACAUCUACCGUCUGGUGACCAAAGGCAGUGUGGAGGAGGACAUCAUCGAGAGAGCGAAGAAGAAGAUGGUUCUGGACCACCUGGUGAUCCAGAGGAUGGACACGUCGGGACGGACUGUCCUCUCCAAGUCAUCUGCUCCUUCCAGCACUUCCACACCUUUCAACAAAGAAGAGCUGUCUGCUAUCCUGAAGUUUGGUGCUGAGGACCUCUUCAAGGAAAACGAAGGGGAGGAAGAAGAGAUGCCUGAGAUGGACAUAGAUGAGAUCCUGCGUCGUGCGGAGACAGCAGAGAUGGUAGACGACGCGGGCGCAGGGCACGAGCUGCUUUCACAGUUUAAGGUUGCGAACUUCUCCACAAUGGAAGAGGAGCUCCCUCCGGAGCCGGCCGUGAAGACGUGGGAGGACAUCAUCCCCGCCGCAGAGCGGCAGAAAGUCGACGACGAAGAGAAACAACGAGAACUGAUCGAGAUGCACCUCCCACCCAGGCAGAGGAAGUUUGUCACUAAGCUGCAGUACGGCAGUGAAUCGGAGGGUUCGACCCGUCGCGGGCGGAAGCGGAAACGCGCCUCGUCCAGCAGCGAGAGUGACUCGGACAGCGACGCUGACGCCAAGCCUCGCAAACGCGGCCGUCCCAGGACCGUCCCCAGGGACACCAUCAAGGGCUUCUCCGACCCGGAAGUCAGGAGGUUUGUGAAGAGCUACAAGAAGUUUGGUAUGCCCCUCACAAGGUUAGAGGCUAUAGCAGGCGACGCGGAGCUGCAGGAGAAGUCGUACGCAGACCUGAAGCGGCUGGGAGACCUGCUGCACGACGGCUGCGUCAAGGCUAUCGAGGAGUACGAGAAACAGAUGAAGGAGAACCCAGAAUUCGAUGGAAAGAAGCGCGGCCCAACGUUGAAGCUGUCCACAGUGACGGUGAACGCUCCGUCCAUCCUGAGACACGAGGAGGAGAUGCUACCGCUGGCCAAGGCCAUCCCCGAGGACCCGGAGGAGCGGAAGAAGUUCCGGCUGCCGUGCAGGGCCAAGCUGGCCCACUGGGACGUGGACUGGGCUGCGGAGGAGGACUCCGCUCUGCUGGUCGGCAUCUACGAGUAUGGGAUGGGCAGCUGGGACACAGUGCAGAUGGACCCUGAACUUAACCUGUCGGACAAGAUUCUCCUGGAUGAGGAUAAGAAACCCCAGGCCAAACACCUGCAGUCACGAGCAGAGUACCUCAUCAGGCUGCUGAACAAGGACCAAGUCAAGAAGGAGGCACUCGCAGAAGGGAAGGUCAUCAAGAAGGAGAGAAGACCCCGGAUGCCCAAACAGCCCAAAGACCCGACCGCGGUGAAGAGACCCAAAGCCAAAGUCAAGUUCGUGGAGCGGAAGGAGAACGAAGCUCCGGUAGACGAACCAAACCUCGAUCCAGAGGAACAUCGGGAACCGCUAGAAGAGGGGGAGGUGGAGGACAGCAACGACAAAACUGACAUCAAGGAGCUGGUCGUCAAGACUAAAGUCAAACGGGCCAAGAAACCCAAAACACCCAAGAUUGUUAAAGAGUCUGCUGACAAAACAACACCAGCGAAACCCAAGGAGAAGAACAAGAAAGAGCCCCUGAACACUGACCUGGACCCGGACGCAUCUCAGCAUUCUGUGUUAGAAGACAUGGACGAUCUGGGCAAAGAAACCUUCAACAUGUGCAAGGAGAGGAUGAGACCAGUUAAAAAGGCACUAAAGCAGCUGGACAAGCCUGAGGAGGGCCUUACAGAGGAGGAACAGCUGAACCACACCAGGCAGUGCCUGCUGAAAAUAGGCGACCGCAUCAUGGAGUGCCUGAAGGAAUGGACAGACGCCGAGGAAGUCAAGAAGUGGAGAAAUAAUCUCUGGAUAUUCGUAUCCAAGUUCACCGAGUUUGAUGCCCGGAAACUCUUCAAACUAUACAAACAUGCUGUCAAAAAGAGGGAGGAGGAGAAAGAGAAGCAGACCAAAGAAAAGACCAAGCCGACGGCGACUUCCAACUCCACGAUCGUGAAGAAAGAACCGUCGGACAGCCAACACGCACACGUGGUGAAGAGGCCUUCUCAGGGUUCCGAGAGGACGUCAGGGUGGGGAAGUGACUCCGCUAGCAGGGACAGUUUCACGAGUAACGGCCCGUGGCCCGGCACCAGCUCAAGUUACGGCCACACGGCGGGGAGAGCCGGCACGGGAGGCGGGGCGGACAGGUGGGGGCACGACAGGUACCAGCCCGGCAGGGACCCCUUCAGGGAAAGGCAUCGAGGGGAGGUCAGCAGUGCAUACAAUCGGCCGGGCGCCCGCGACUACGAUUCCCAUCGGACGCGGGACUCCUCCCGGUACAACGCGGACCACCGAUGGGACCGGGACCGCGAUCGGGACAGGGAGAGGGACCACCGGGACCGCGAGCGGGGCGACCGGGACUACCGGUCCUCGCGGGACCACCGAGAUCGGGACUCAGGCUCGUCCCGGGACUCUUCUUCCAGACACCGAGACCGCGCCGGGAACAAGGAAGACGGUUCGCAUCGGAGCGGUCGCACCGAAUCCGGUGGUCACUCGUCUUCGGGAGGGGAACGCGGCGGGGAUCAGAGGUUGCACCAUUCUCAGUCGGACCACAAGCGCAGGAAAAAGGAUGACUCCUAUUCGUCUUCGGACGGCAAGAAGAAGUCGAGGAAAGACAGUAGCGAACACAGGUCCUCAAACACGCAGGAACAUUCUAGUAGUAGAACCAGGGAGGACCCAAAGGACCACAGGGCUUUGAUAGAACACCGCUCGCCUCUAGAGCACAGAUCGCCCUUAGAACACAGAUCUCCCCUCGACCACGGGGACAGAAGUAACGAAAGAACAGACUCGAGACACUGACAGACAUUCACGUCAGGAGGAGAAUCCUGUCUUAGUGAAAAUGAUAUGUUGCACCAGAGGUAAAAGGAAGAAAAAAGAAAGAACUUUACGUGGACACGAGACCAAUUUUCAAACAGAGUAUCACAGAUGAAUAAUAAACUAUUUGUAUGAUUGUUA